AUGAUCGCUGAUGAUGUAGUACUUAUAGCCGAAUCGAUGGCGGAAGUACAAUCAGACCUGAUAAUAUGGCAGAAGUCCUUAGAAAGAAGAGGGUUGAGAGUCAAUAGAGAGAAGACUGUAUAUAUGUACUGUAACUUUUCUAAUGCCAAUGCGAAUGUUAUUCCAUGUCCUCCUAUUGAAGGCAGUCCUCUUAAGAGAGUUGAAGAGUUUAAAUAUCUCGGAUCCAUUGUAGCACCAAAGGCAUGUAUAGAAAGAGACAUACAAAAUAGAACCCAAACAGCUUGGUUAAAAUGGAGAUCGCUGUCUGGAAUUCUAUGCGACUCCCGUAUGCCUAUUAAAAUAAAGGGCAAUGUAUACAAAAGAGCAGUGAGACCAGCUCUGCUAUAUGGAUCUGAGUGCUGGCCCAUCGGCCAUCAGAAAGACGGAUGA